UCGUGGGCGCCUGGGCGUGACAGAGGCGUGGUGCAGCCACCCGGCCGGCCCUCCCCGCUGCCCGGGCCUGUCCCACGGUGCCCAGCAGCCCGCGCCGGGCCUGCGCCACCCGCCGGGCGUCACCAGGGCGUCACCAGCAGCCGUGGCCGUGGCCGUGGCCGUGGCCGGCCCAGGUGUGCAGAGCUGCGGGGUGCACGCAGGACGCCGAUGCCUGUGGCCGUGCUCCACCCCGACUACGGCUUCUGGGCCCGCGUGGCCGUGGCACUCGGCGUGGCCGUGGCCCUGUGGCUGCCCACCUGCAACGCUGCGACCACGUCCCAGCCCAACUUUCUCCUGCUCAUGGCGGAUGACCUCGGGAUUGGCGAUCUCGGCUGCUACGGCAACUCCACCCUCAGGACGCCAAACAUCGACCAGCUCGCCCGGGAUGGCGUGCGGCUGACGCAGCACCUGGCGGCCGCGUCCGUGUGCACCCCGAGCCGGGCGGCCUUCCUCACGGGGCGCUACCCCAUCCGCUCAGGCAUGGUGUCCUACAACGGGUACCGCGUGCUCCAGUGGGCCGGUGUCGCCGGCGGCCUCCCGCCCAGCGAGAUAACUUUCGCAAAGAUUUUGAAAGAAAAAGGCUACACCACAGGCCUCAUAGGCAAGUGGCACCUGGGUCUGAACUGCGCGUCCCCCCGCGACCACUGCCACCACCCGCUGCGUCAGAUCCUGGAGCGCCUGGAGGCCGAAGGCCUGAGCCGCAGCACGCUGGUGUACUUCACGUCGGACCACGGCGGCUCCCUGGAGGCCCAGCUCGGCGGCCGGCAGCUCGGGGGCUGGAACGGCGUCUACAGAGGCGGCAAGGGCAUGGGCGGCUGGGAGGGCGGCAUCCGCGUGCCCGGCGUGUUCCGCUGGCCCGGGGUGCUGCCCGCCGGCCGCGAGGUCGCCGAGCCCACCAGUCUCAUGGACGUGUUCCCCACCGUGGUGCGACUGGCGGGCGGCCAGGAGCCGCGGGACAGAGCCAUCGACGGGCGCGACCUGUGGCCGCUGCUGGUGGGCUCGUUCCACGGCUUCCUGGACCCCAAGAAGUGGACCACCUUGGCGCGGGACCCGAACCUGCGGGGACACAGGGAGGAUUAUGAGUCGAACAAGAAGAGCUCAAAGCCACGGCCACAGCAGCCACCCUUCCACGCCAACUGGGGCCACGGAAUGUGCAAGAGUCCCAUGGACCCCAGGGGCACAGGGCCAGACGCGUCGACAUACUCCACUCCCCCAGGGUGCUUGCUUAUGUUGCUGCGGCACUUCCACUUUCUGUCACUAAUGCCACUGGUCUGUUGCUUUCCGCCAACUGUCUGCAAUGCCUGUCACCCCAACCCAGGAGGAAGAGUGUGGAAAGUGCAUUUCAUGACGCCCAACUUCUACCCAGAGGGAGCGGGCGCCUGCUACGGACGAGGUGUCUGCCCGUGCUCCGGGGACAAUGUCACGCAGCACGACCCCCCUCUGCUGUUCGACCUCACGAGGGACCCGGCCGAGCGCCAGGUCCUCACGCCCGAGACGGAGCCCGCCUUCCACGUGGUGGUGGCCAGGGUCCGGGCGGAGCUGGCCCGGCACCAGCAGGGCCUCCCGCGAAACGUCUUCCAGCAGCUGGGCACCUACCUGAACACGUGGCGGCCGUGGCUGCAGCCCUGCUGUGGCACCUUCCCGCUCUGCUGGUGCAGCCCGCAAGACGACCCCCAAUAAACCACCGAACCCCACGCUUUGUGCUGUCGUCCAAACGAGCUGGCAGCCUGCGGCACUGAGCACGCGGGCACAGGCAGGAGGGCUACGUCCCACGGACGAGCCCACGAAAUCAGUGCGCACGGCCCUCGCUGCGUAAAACCCUCCUAUCCCUGUCGUGGCCACGGCGGCCCUGAAUACCCCAGGCAGGCACACUGGGGGUGGGCAGCUCCCAGCGCACCCACAAGAGGGCCCCGGAAGCAGGCUGCAGCCCCAGCAAGCAUUUCGAGGUCCCGCAGCUGGGCUGGGGCAGCGGCCUCGGCCUCCAGGACGGGGCCACCGGCUCUGCCGGGCUGUGGAAUCGCACAGGGUGGCCCCGAUGGGCUGAGGUGGAGACAGCCCGGCCGGGGAGCUCCCAACUGGCUGCCCUGGACUUACCCGAAAAUGCCACCGCGGACCACAGCCAGGCUAGGCCCCCUUCUGUACAAGGGGACACACCGUGGCUUGGAGUUCGCAGGAUCUUGGUUACCCAGCCUGGCCCUGGGCUCGCGGGAUCCUCCUGCCUCAGCCUCCCCAGC